UGUACGAGGGUGGGGGGGGGGGAAGCGCGUCAGCUAUUCGUAGGCGUCUGCUGGCUUCCGAUGUUAACUCCAAAUAAUCUAUACGUUACAAACAAACCGGAGCCCUUUUAGGAGCCAGAAAAAAAGGAGUUUUAUUGGAGCGUUACAAAAAAAAAAGAAAAAAAAAAAAGGAAAAAAAAGAAAAAGGCGCUUUUUGCGGGGAUCUCGGAGGAGACUUUCGCUUGGCACAGCAGUGGCAGCCAGCCGGGCCGACGAUCCGAGUGUUUCCUGGCUUUGAUGCGACCCGAGUGCGCCUGGAGCAUGUCCACAGUGGGGCUGACUGCCCAGGAGACAUCUUUUCCCAUAGAACACCCCUUCCUGCGGGGCAGCUACUGUCACAGCAUGGCUGGAUCCAAGUCAUUGUGGAGCUAUACCCACGACAUGGACAACUUCUACUUCACUAUGAAAUCUGCACACACAGAUCGCAGCUCUCAUGGACAGCACAGGAGUCCGCCCUUGCUAAGUUAUCAAAGACAUAAACACAGUUCCAGCACCCAGAAAUUACCUCCCAAGAAGUCCCGGCCUUCCCAUCUCUCCCUAUCCUGCGGCGCCGAACCUACCACGCCGACUCCGGCCGACGGCGAACAGGCGGUCCCUUCAUUACAACAGCUCUCCGUUCACGAGUGCAGCUGUCCGCCGCAGACUCCGGACAGGUGCUCCAAGCCUCUGCCACCCAUCCCGCCGCACGGCAACGUCUCAUCCGAGCAGGCCAUGGACAACGAUGUGGAGUUCUUCACCUGCACGGACGAGAGCUGCUGCCUGGUGUCUCAUCAGUGUUCCAAACCCUCUCCCUUUCAUACGGGACUUACCGGUCGAAGAAGCUUCAGAGACUGCGGACAGAUUAACCAUGCCUACUACGACGGGCCUUUAGGACCGCAAAGCCCGAGGCAACCCCAACCUCAGCAGCUUCCCGCACAUACCCCGCAGCAGAAGGAAGUGCACGAGCGUGGACGUCAGGAAUUACCGGCGGUCUGCCAACGGCAGCAGGACAAAGCUCAGAGGAGACUACAGCGCUCUCACUCCGGACCUGCCGGAUCCUUUAACAAGCAUUCCCUACUGCGCCUCAACUAUCACAAUCGCUCCGCCUACAACGCGGAUCCGUCGGCGGUUCCUCCGCCGAUCCCGCCACGGCUCAAGUCAGCAGAUAGAGACACCCGCCGCUGGUCAGCAGAGGUGUCGUACAGCGACGAGGACAAACCGCCAAAGCUGCCCCCGAGGGACCCCUUGUCCUUGGGCAGCUCCCGCACCCCCAGCCCCAAGAGCCUUCCGACGUACUUCAACGGCGUGAUGCCCACCACCCAAAGCUUUGCACCGAACCCCAAAUUCGUCAGUCGGGGUUUACAGAGACAGAACAGCGAGGGCUCACCUUGCAUCCUGCCUAUCAUGGACAAUGAGGGGAGAAAGGACAGCAACACUCAUUACUACCUGCUGCCUCACCGGCCCACGUUUGCAGACUCGAAGUCUGUGGAAAAACUCCUGCUGCCUAUGGACAACCCGGACUCUGACUGGGACUGCCACACAAGGCGGAAAGCAUCCGUGGAUCCAGUUUGAGGAUACUCGCCACUCUCCAAACCGCUGCUUUCAGUUUUGAACCCGUUCGGGGUUGAACGACACAGGGUACGCGCGCACUGUACCCAGUUACUGCUGACGCAGCCUUGCAGAGGUUGCGUUCAACGCCGUUGAAAUUUAGAUUGUUUUUUCUUCAGAUUUUCACAUCACUCGAAAAGAUUUUAUAGUCCAUAAAGGUACAAGCGGGCCUUGAACCUCUCUCUCUCAGUGUUUAGUGCCUGGAAGGUUGACCGUGAUGUGUUGGGGCUUUUGUUUGUUUAUUUUUUAUUUUUUUAAAAUGCUGCUUUUAUCUCACUCGGGACAAAAGGUCAGUAAUGUAACCAUGUGACAUUUACUAGGGAUGGGCAUACUCGUCGAUAAAUCACCUCUUAGGUUAAAUCAAUGAUAUAUCGAGUGCGCUGCUUAGCGGCAAACGGGAGAGCCGCCGUUGAUUCGGUUUCAACUGGUUUUGCUGGCUAAAGUGGAGUUAAAAAGUCAGUUUUCAAACUAAACGAGGGACUACCUAAAAAUAAAGGUAGCCCUGCAAGUACCACCAUGACUAAGUUCAAAUGCAGUCACGUGUUAGGUGUUCAUCAAAAAAAAAAAAGGCAGAGGUUUUACUUCUAAAAACGUUUUGUAAUUUAAUUUCAUUGCAAGCCACUGUUACAUUAUGGACAGUUUUAAAAUUAACGCUUCGCUUAAAUAUAGGACAAUCAUUUAAAAAAAUUAAUUAAAAUGUAUUGCAUAUAAAAGUUCAAUAGAAAAUGUACCUAAACAAAUGUAAAAUCGAAAACUUCGAAAAAAUUACAUGCAAAUUUAUUGUACUUAAAAGUUACUGUACUGGAUUAAAAGAAAAUUUAAGGCACUGUGACAUUCAGUAUGCACAGUUUGAAAAUUAAAUUUAGUGAUUCAUUCGCAUACCACUAGAGGGAGCUUGCGUACCACUAGUGGUCACUUUCAGAAUCAUUAAUUUACUCAAUACGACUCUGGCAUGGAAAGAACAUUCAGAACAUUCAUUUAUUAAAUAAUUAAAAAAAAAGAACAUUUUCCCCCGUAGUCGCACAAAGAAAUUCAGCCCAUCCCUAAAAUCUGAAGUCAUUUUAGGGUCAAAUGAAGGAUUAUCGCACUCGAGUAUCAACUGUAUAUGAGGGUACGAUUAUCAUCAUUGUUUUUUAUAACGCAUAAAUCACCAUAUGUGUGGUUUUUGUUGUUUUUUUCCCCCAACUCGUAAGCGCUCGUAGCUUUGCGUGUGUCCACGGGAAAGUCAAGUGCAGCAGCCGUAUCAGAUCCGUAAAAGAACUCUCCAGGGUUCAUCUGCCACCUUUGUUAUUUAAAAAUUAUUUUUUUUUGCUAUUUUACAUGCAACCCAGCGAGCGUGGGGUAUUUUGCCAUAGCUGUGUGCGCGCUUUCCCGUAUAAAAUGGUUUGGCAGACGUGAGUGUCAGGCAUUAAGGCUUUACACCACCUUGUCCCAUAUUCUGGCGUAGUACCAGUUACAGUGGAUAUAAAAAGUCUACACACCCAUGUUCAAGUUCCAGGUUUUUGUGAUAGACGAAAAUGAGACUGAGGUUAAUCAGUUCAAAACUGUGAACUUUAACCUGCGCAGUGCAAGGGGGAAAAAAUGAGAGGGAAAGUAAAAAUAAACAACUGAAAUAAUGUGGUUGCACAAGUGUGCACACCCUCUUAUAACUGGAGAAUGAACCAAUCACAUUCCAAUUUAUGUUAACUGGGAGUACAGCACACUCCUGCCACAAUUUAAAGCCUUCUGAUUAAUCCCAAAUUAAGUUCAGUUGUUGUAGUGGCGUUGUUGUGUUUUUUGUUUGUUUGUUUUUUUUAGUUUUUGUCCCAACACUGACUUGAUAUUUGGAACUAUUUAUAAUUAUCACCCCCCCCCACACACACACACACACCUUGCUUAAGGCUCUAGUCUGAAGACAUUAUUUAUCUAGAUUUUGUUGUUGUUGUUUUUUUUUUUGGAAAUACCACAAAAAAAAUGAACAGGGGUGUGUAGACUUUUUAGGUACACUAUACAUUGGCUCCUUUAUGGCUCGGACACCACCUCCAUAAGGCGAAAAAUUGCCCGGGCAGACUCCGUCCGCCCAUUCCAUGGAUGGAAAAAUCGCGGCUAGAACAGCCAGUGUCCGUCGUCCACUGAGUGUCGUUUGUCUGGGUAUUUUUUUUCCCGCGACCAUACUUGUUACUGCAUUUUUUUCGUUUCUUUCUUUCUUUUUCUUUGUCCUUUUUUUCUUUCUUUUCUUGCUUUUGGAGGUUGCACAGAGAAGCGCCUUGAAGCUGGACAUACACUGUAAGAUAAAGGCACAUGCAACACAGCAAGGAGAAGCACAAUGCUGUGUUCUUAGGGUUGUUUUUAGCAUUAGCAUUCCUAGUCCACAUACGAUGGAAAAAAUGCAUUGAUUUGUUUUGACAGUUGGCAACAAUUUGUAAGCGCUCUACUGACAGCUAGUGGACUUAAGCGGUACAAAUGAACCCUCCAAUCGUUAGUUUUGAUGUUCAAGCCCUAUGUGAGAGUUGCAAUUUAAAACGAACGCUUUGAACAUUGUAUGCCCAGCUUUAGUGAAUGUAAUCUUACUGAAAUUAUUAUUAUUUUUUUAAAUAUAUUUAGUGAUCAAGCUGUGAGACAUUGUUUAGAACACAUUUGCUACCUCCCUCGAUAUGAAUCCUCCAUUUCACAUUUCUGCCUUUUUCGGUGGGAUGAUCUUUUUUUUUUUUUUUUUUUUUUUUGCUGAACAACAAAGGAGUGUUAGGGUCACGCGGAAAAGAAAUAAAAUAGUACGCAAAGAAUAAAUAAGCGAUGGAUAAAAUAUUUUUUUUUUUAGUUCAAAAAAGGGUAAAACUUAGAAUUAAGUUGAAGUCACAUUUUGUUUCCAGCCAAUGUCAUAUCAUAAGAACAUUUGUAAUUAAGAAAUCUGACUUUUUUCAAAACCACAACUUCAUCCUCGUAAAAAAGAAAUUUAGCUUAAGAGUGACGUUUUUGUUUACAAAUGGUUUAGACAUUUUUCUUCAAAAAUUGGAUUUUAUUCUCAUUAAUAGUAUAUAAAAAAUAAUAAUUAUAUAUAUAUAUAUAAAAAGAAAGACUAAUACUCCUUGGUAAAACAAGCAAACGACAAAUGUAUGGGGUUCAUUGUGUGCAUGCGAGAGGACGAGUGUUGUGGGUUUACCUCCGGGGUGUGCGUGGAAACAGUCUUUCCUGUUCUGCUCAUGCAUUCCUGCCUGACAUGAUUGCAGUGGGUGUGGCCUGAGAGACUUUGGCUGCUGGCAGCCGACAGAGAGAGAAAACAUGAUAGGAGAAUAUAUAUAUAUAUAUAUAUAUAUAUAUAUAUAUAUAUAUAGUAUGAAUUUGUAUUGUUCUUGCCUUACCCAAUGGACACAUGAGGAUGAUAUUGUAAAUGUAGCACACGUAUCGAAGAACACUUUGGGGGAAAACUGCUAACUAAGGUCAACCGGUUAUUGAAGCGUACAUGUUUAUUUAAAAAAAAGCGUUCCUUUUUUAUUUUUUUUUAAUUAUUUCUGCUCACAAACACAAUGUUGCUUGGACUUUAAAAGUCCCCCCCCCCCCCCCACCCUCACCCCUCCUCAGAGAAACAAAAAAUGUUUACAUCAUACACUGGUACUAUUUAAUCUUAAAAGGUAUUCAAAUGUCUUAUUAUAGGAAAUAAAAACAACAACUGAAGACUAAAUAACUUCUCUGCUGUGGUGAAGACAUGCACUGGGAGAGUACAGUAUGCUGUGUACAGUAUUUAACGAUUCCAUUUGUUUGUUAUACAUAGUCGUUAGAAAGCAAAAUAAAACCUUAUUUAUAUGUA